UAUGUUUAUGUCAAACACAGGGUUCUUGGUAACAUAGCGAUACUUCAACCACUUCCAAAAACACCUGUUGGACCUUGUUCCUGUUUUAGAUUAGAUUCAUUGCGCGCACUCACACUCUCACUCUUUAAUCCACACCUUUCUUCUUCCUCGGUUUCUCAGAAUCAAGGGUACCCCUUUCUCUUCUCUCUUUACUUUAGAUCCGCACUUCAGAAAGUCUCUGGUGAGGUUGAAGUAGACUUGAACUUUAGCUGGUUCUAAUUUGGGAGCAUCAUCAUGUCUGAAGUGAAAAACAAACUGGAUUUAUUGCAACGGCUUGGACCAGACAUGUCAAUAAAGGUUCUCACUCAUUUGGACCCUUGUGACCUUGUCCGCGUUUCGACUCUUUUGGCAGUUAUUGAAAAUGGCCUUUGCAAGCAUCUUUGCUUGAAAAUGUUUCCUGAACUAUCUGGUGUUAGACAUGUCAUCGAGGUAGAGAACAUGAUUGAACCAGUGAGUAACAUGCUUGGAAGUUCUUCGAAUUGGGAAUAUCUCAAGAGAAAUCAUAAAGUCUAUGCGUUCCUAGCAUGUGGUCUCAGUCCUUCUAUCAGCAGAAAUUGCAUCUCGAGUGCCGUAAGUGCAUCCAGCUACAAUAAGAUCCGCGAAGAAAAUGAUGUGAAUACGUUGGACCCUCGAGAUACAUCGUACUGGUCUAGUGAAGGGAAAAGUGAUCCUUCUGUACCAGAGACUUUAGAAUAUAUGCUAACUUCCAAACUAUGUCUAAUCACUGAGAUUCAUGUGCAGCCAUUCCAAGCAUAUUCAGCAAAAGCUGUCCGAUUCCGAAUGGGCCGUGCAAGAUACGCGACAAAGUUAGAGUUAUCAGAGAUGUGUGAACUUGAUUUUUUUUUUGAUUAUAAUGGAAUUUUUUCAGUUUCACUGAUUCAUUCAUUCAACCACUGCUUCUUUUUGCUUCCUUCUUCCACCUCGUCUUCUGAUUCUGAUGAAAACCAAAUCAAUAAAUUGAAGGGUCUACCGUGA